AUGGCUGAGCCGCGCACACUCCCACCGGGCUCCAGGCUCUGGUUACUCAACCUUGGAUUCCUUGAUAUCGACGCAGCAUAUGUUCUCUCUGGAGGCAACGUCCCAAGACCAGGCACAAAAAUCCCUCAUGAGCAUGAAAACCGUCAAUGCUUGAUGAUAGCAGGUCUUCUUUACCACCCACACGUAGGCCUCGUCUUGUUUGACGCAGGAUCAUGUGAAGAUGUGAUCAAAUCGUGGGACAAGGAAUUUUUCGAGUGUGCUCCUAGAACGUGGGAAAAAGAUAUCCACUCUCUUCCAGCGGCUAUAAAAGCGACCGGUGCUGGGGAAAUUGGUGAUGUCAAGGCAGUGGUAAUGAGUCACCUGCAUCUGGAUCAUGCCGGUGGAUUGGAACAUUUCUUUGGCACUACCACUGAAAUCUGGUGCUACGAGGACGAGCUCAAAAACGCGUUCUGGUCAUCUGCCACUGGCCACGACGAUGGUCUCUUUCGUCCCGAUUAUCUGAGAGCGGAUAUCCUGAAUUGGAAGACAGUCUCAGGAGAAAAAUUGCAACUCUGGGAAGGAGUCAUACUGCACAGAUGUCGUGGACACACGGAAGGAUCCCUCGUUCUGGAGCUCACAUUCUUGAAUUCGGGUACUGUUGUUAUGACUGGUGAUCUAUUUCAUGUCAAAGAGAACUAUGAGGAUGGUCAUCCACAAGGAUUCCUCAUGAGGGACUACAACGAGUGGUUCCGAAGCCGUGACUACGUGAAGAGAUUGAUCAAACAGACAAACGCCAGAGUCUGCUUGGAUCACGAGGGAAGCUACUUCGACAAGUUUGAGAAAAGCCCCCGAUUCCUGGACUGA